UCUUAAUUUCAAACUUAAAAAAAGUUUUCUUGAAAAGCCCAUUCAGGGUGGCAGUUUUCAAAGAAAUGGAACCCAAUCUUCCUCUGCCUCCUCAGCCGGUAUGUCAAGAUAAAUUGCUAUUGUUGUUAAUUUUAAUUAUAAUUAUUUGUAAAUUUAUACAGGUGAUAACUCGAUGGGGCACAUGGCUAAUUGCAGCCGUAUAUUAUGCCGAAAACUAUGAUUCCAUCAAAAGAAUAAUUGACCAAAUAACGGACGAUGCAGCAUGUGUCAGAUUCUCGAAGCAAUUGUUGAGCAAAAAAUCGGUUCAGGGGAAUUUGAUAUAUAUAAAAUGCAAUUUUGGUUUUCUUUUAGAGGAAAAAGUUUUCGAACGUCUACAGAAAACAGGAACUCCAGUUGGUGAGGUAUUAAAUAUUUUGGAUAACAUUGAGAAGCGGCUUAUAGAAGCGCAGGGGCCUAUUGCCAAAUUGGUGUUGGAAAAAUUCAAAGCCGUUUUCUCAGCUAACUAAGGCUUGGAGACAAUAAGGGGUGUGGAUAAGAUUGUUAAGGGCGAGGCAAACGCUCUUAUUCCUGAUAAUAUGAACGUUUCAAACGUUCCAUAUUUAAAUUGGGCGCCACUUGUAUCAACUUACGUCGA